AUGGAUCCAAAUGCUGAAUGGGAUAAAAUCUGGAAUGAAGUCGUAGAUGAUUGCCUUAACGACAACACUGAGGAAAAUGUGAUAAGGUUGGUACGAGAGGCGCAACAACAAGCCAACAAUACAAGUAAGCAUAGAAAAAGAAGAACGGUGAUAAAUCGAAGUCGUGAAGAAGGGCAUCAUCGAUUGUUCUAUGACUACUUCUCUAAAAAUCCUGUAUACACGGAGGCUCAAUUCAGACGAAGGUUCUGUAUGCGAAGACAUGUGUUCCUUCGCAUUGUUGAAGCUCUUGGAAAUCAUGAUGAGUACUUUCAAAGAAGGAUUGAUGCAGUGGGUAGAAUGGGUCUUUCACCAUUGCAGAAGUGCACAACUGCUCUUCGUAUUCUAGCAUAUGGAUCACCAGCUGACAGUGUGGAUGACUAUGUUCAAAUUGGAGAAAGCACGACAUUGAAGUGCUUAGACAGGUUUGUAAUAGGCGUGUGCACAAUAUUUGGUGCUCAAUACAUGAGAAGGCCAAACAAUGAAGACAUUGCACGCCUACUACAAAUUAACGCGACACGCGGCUUUUCAGGUAUGUUGGGUUCAAUUGAUUGUAUGCAUUGGAAAUGGAAAAAUUGUCCUGUCGCAUGGAAAGGUCAAUUUUCUAGAGGUGAUCAUGGUAAACCCACAAUCAUGCUUGAAGCUGUGGCAUCUCAAGACUUGUGGAUUUGGCAUGCAUAUUUUGGAACUGCGGGAUCUAACAACGACAUUAAUGUGCUAAACACGUCUGAUGUGUUUUAUGAUGUUUUGAAUGGAAAAGCUCCUGCAGUACAAUACUCGGUGAAUCGAACAACAUAUCAUAUGGGGUACUACCUAGCGGAUGGCAUUUAUCCUGAGUGGGCAACAUUUGUCAAGACCAUCCCUAUGCCGCAAGGAGAAAAGAGAAAGUUAUUUGCCCGACGCAAGAAUCAGCACGGAAGGAUGUUGGACGGACAUUUGGAGUGCUCCAAGCCUGAUUCGCUAUUAUACGUGGUCCAGCGCGUGCUUGGCAUGUGA